AAGUACAUAUGACCUUAUCAACAGAAAUUUCAAUCCCCUUAUCCUAUUUUUUCUAUCUCCCUCUUUCACUCCCUUCUCCCCUCCUCAAUUUCUCUUUACCUCUGCUACAAUGGCUUCCACACUAUCCACAAUUACCCUUCGUUCUCCUUCUCCCAUUUCUCCCUCUACCGCUAACUCCACGCACGCUUCAAUUUCUUUCCCCACCAAAACCCUAGAACUUCCCAUUCGCACUCCAAAACUCCACCACCGCCGAGCAACAUUUGUCCGCCCUCUCGCCGCCGUUGAAGCACCGGAAAAGGUAAUCCAUCUCGGAGAUGAAAUCUCCAACUUAACCCUCGCUGACGCCCAGAAACUCGUCGAGUACCUUCAGGAUAAGCUUGGUGUUUCUGCCGCAUCCUUCGCUCCCGCUGCCGUCGUCGCCGCCCCUGGUGGAUCAGCCGCAGAUGCUCCAGCUGUGGUUGAGGAGAAGACGGAAUUUGACGUAGUCAUCGAUGAAGUGCCGAGUAAUGCUAGAAUUGCGACUAUUAAGGCUGUUAGGGCUUUAACAAGUUUGGCUUUGAAAGAGGCUAAGGAAUUGAUUGAAGGAUUGCCUAAGAAAUUCAAGGAGGGGGUUUCCAAGGAUGAGGCUGAAGAAGCUAAGAAACAGCUCGAAGAAGCUGGUGCUAAAGUUUCUAUUGCUUGAAUAAAUUUGUGCUAUAUUACAAAGAUCACAAGGCUCAAACCAGCAAUUGAGGGCUAGGCUGAUCUAAAAGACGCGGGUUAGGAAUUUGCAUUGGCAUUGAGUCGUAAACCACAGCCAUCAGAGGCUGUUGUUCAGUCUUCUACAUGCUUGGCUGCAUCAAUUGAUGCCUUUGCAUACUAUAUUGUUCAAGAAGCAUUUCCCCUGUAAGAUUUUUACACGUCGAUUCUAGCUGUGUUGUAUGAUUUUAGCUUUAGACGUCGAAAUACUUGGCCUGAAAAUGGCUUCAAUCCGAUAUUAGUAUUAUAUACUAAUACCCAUUGUCCUCAA